GCGCCACUCGUGACUCCGCGCCCGCUGAGUGCCGGGCGGAGUUUUUGCACUCGCCGCGCAGCCUACCAACUAUAAAGGCGGCGCGCCGAGCCCUGCGCGCCACCACGCCUCCUCCGAGUCUUCCAGCACCCGCUCGAGUUGCCCUUCGGACUCCGGCCGCCGCCUUGCUCGCCAUGGACCCCAACUGUUCCUGCGCUGCCGGCGGCUCCUGCACCUGCGCCGGCUCCUGCACUUGCAAAGAGUGCAGAUGCUCCUCCUGCAAGAAGAGCUGCUGCGCCUGCUGCCCGGUAGGCUGUGCCAAAUGCGCUCAGGGCUGCGUCUGCAAAGGGGCGUCCGAUAAGUGCAGCUGCUGCGCCUAAUUGCGCCGCGCCCUGCUCCCACGUGUACAUAGAACAACAGAAACAACCUUUUUUUUUUUUUUUUUUUACAACCCUGACCUAUUUGCUAAGUUUCGUUUUGUAUGAAGUUAUGUGACUGAUAAUAAAGUUAUUGACUUGA